AUUUCUACGGGAAUCAAGAGGGGGAUGCGCUGACCAAGGCCGAAUCCGUUUCUGACACCGAGAGAGGUAUCACAAAGACAGGUCUGCAUGGCCUGCUAGCGAACACAGGGCAGCUGAGGGGAUCUGUCGACACGGAGAGCGUCAGCGGGGAGCACAGUCGUGGGGUGCUGAAAGGUUUCGUGCAAGAUGACGGUGCAAUCUCCGGCAGCGUGGGAACUGAUGCUCAUUAUCACGGUGACCCCUAUUUGGUGCCGUAUUCAAUGCCCUAUCCAGGACCUGAAUCCCAUCAGAGGUGGUAGACCCGAUCGUCUUCUGUUUUCUGUUGUUGAUUGAUGCCUCCUCUUAUUGUUUGGCUUGAAGACCCAACUUGAAAUGAAUAAAGCAAGCUAACUGUGA